CGGUUUAAAGAGCAGCUUCCUGUUUCACCUCCCUUUUCCCAAUCAUGCCGGUAGAUACAAAGCGAGUCCGCGGCCCGGAGGAGUCGCAGUCCCCGCUUCUGUUCCUGCCUAGCAGCGCCAAGAAAAGCGUAGAUGCGGAGCGUGGCCGGCAGGAUGGGCGGCGGCGGGGCCAGGCGGACGUGAGGCCGGUCUUUGCACGCUGCGGCUUGGUCAGCCAGGCAAAAGGCUCGGCCUACAUCGAGGCGGGAAACACUAAGCUGAUCUGCUCCGUGUUUGGGCCACGUGAGGCCGAGCGCAAGGACGAGGCUGGCGCGUCGUCCGGCCGACUUCUCUGCGACCUCCGCUUUGCCCCAUUUUCCUGCCCGAACAGAGGCGCCUGGAUCCCGAGCAGUGAAGAUAAGGAUACGGCGCAAGGCCUGUUGGAGGCACUGCGACCGGGCGUGCGCUUGCACCGGUACCCGCGGGCACAGAUCGAAGUCAACGUCCUGGUUUUAGAGAAUGACGGCUCAGCCCUGGCCCACGCCAUCACAUGCGCGUCCAUGGCACUGGCUGACGCCGGCAUCGAGAUGUACGACGUGGUGCUGGGCUGCUCGCUGCGACGGGAUGGGAAUUCCUUCCUCCUCGAUCCCACGCUGCAAGAGGAAACUGCGGGAGAACGCGGCGCCCAGGGCGGCGUGACGGUGGCACUGCUCCCCAGCCUGAACCAGGUGUCCGGUUUGCAGGCUGACGGGGACAUGCGGGAGGACACGAUGGCGGAGGCGGUGCGGGCCUGCAUGGAGGGCUGCCACAAACUGUACCCGGUGAUCCAGCAAGCCCUGCUGCGUGCGGUGCGCAAGAGAGCGUCGCCAUCGGAGGGCUGAGCCGGGAGGCGCCCAGGCGCGCUGUUUUACAGACUGAAACGGAGCAGGACAUUGUGAAUAUGCUGGUAUUUUUUAAGAAAAAUGGUCUUGGAAUAAGAAAAUAAAACUGCUGAAUAGGAAUGAAA